AGACAGAACACCCUCCCCUUUCUCCUCUCGCAUCCCAACCUUCUCUCCCUCAGCCUCCACACCAUCAGCCGGGUCUCAGCUCUCAUUCUGCCUCCCCACAGCCGAGGCUCCACAGCCUCCUCUUCCUCCUCCUCCUUCUCUCUCUCUCUCUCUCUCUCACUCUCACUCUCUCACCCCCCCCACUCACUAUCACUCGCUAUCACACACUUCUCAGCUGCUGCAUGAACGGCAGCUGCUUGGGUUCAAACCGAAGAAGAAGGACAGGAACCGCGAGCAUGAGGACGAGCGCGCGCGGCGUGCCGGCGGCCCCCUGCUGUCCCGCACGGGUCGCCCGGAGCUUCCCGCUUCUCCUCCACCACCUCCUCCUCCUCCUCCUCCUCCUCCUGCUGCUCGUCGGCGGCGGCAGCGGCGGCAGCAUCGGGGCCGUGCCCUCCGCCUUCCAGCUGGCUCCGGACACUCCGUCCCCGGCGGAGCCCGCCCCGACCCGGGCCUCUUCCCGCCCGGACCACUGCCAGGGGAGACCCUGCCUCAACGGGGGGUUCUGCCUGGUGCUGCCGUUGGCCGACGGGCCGGAGGACACCUGGGAGUACACCUGUACCUGCAUCCAGGGCUUCACCGGACGCAACUGUGAGUUUUUCACAGACCCGUGUGCCAGCAGCCCCUGUCUCCAUGGAAACUGCAGCCGCAGCGACCUCGGGGAGGAGGUGGAACCGGCCUACACCUGCGAGUGCACCGAGGGCUACGAGGGGGAGAGGUGUGAUCAGAUCCUCUUGGACCUGCCGGCUGCCGAAUGGGAGCCCGCCACCCCCUCCGCCCCUGAGCUGGCCACCCCCGUGGCCCCCACCACCGCCGCCGCCACCCAGCCGCCACGGACGACCACCGUCUCCUCCACCACGCCGCCUCCGGUUCCCACCCUGCAGCCAUGGCAACCCAAACCUGGUCAGAGGCUGCUGGUGGUGCCGUGGGAGGCAGAGAGGGUGACGGAGGGUCUGCACUGCGUGAGUCCUGAGCUGUGUGAGCUGACAUCAGGAACUCUGACUCUGUCCCUGGAGGUGCCCGAGGAGACCGCCGUAAAGGUGGUGGUGAAUGUCAGCGGAGCUCCGGUGCUUUGGUGUGUGGGUGAAGAAGGUUUCCUCCGUUCCUCCAUUUUGAACGGCACCACGCUGCGGUUCCUGCAGGCUUCCGAUGGAUUGGUGGUGCCGGACCGCUUGCUGCCUCUCGGACAAAACUACUUCCUGGGUGUGUUGCGCGUGGGCGCCCCCGCGGCCCCGGAGGUCACCCUGCGCCUCAACCUGACGGUGAAAGCCAGCAGCUGCGUGGAGCCCGGCAGCAGCUUCAGUGACCCUCAGUGCUCCGGCAAAGGAAAAUGCAUCACACAGCCCUCUGAGAGCACUUUCUUCUGCGAGUGCGAGGACGGCUACACGGGAAUCUUCUGCGAGGAAUUCGACGCCUGCCACCGCCGACCUUGUCACAGCAACGGCACCUGCACCGACCUGAGGCAGGGGGGCGAAGGACGCAAUUUCACAUGCACCUGCCCACCAGGUUAUGAGGGGGAGCGCUGCCAGUUGCUGGUGGACCACUGCCUCUCUCAGCCCUGCAAGAAUGGAGCCACUUGCUUCAGCAGCUUGGCCGGGCCCAGGUGCUACUGCCCCGAAGGCUACCAGGGGGCCACAUGUGAGCAGAAGGUGGACCCGUGCGCCUCCGGCCCCUGUCACAACAACGGGACGUGCUACGCCCAGGGCCCCGGCCCCCUGGGCUUCGGCUGCAGCUGCACAGCGGGCUUCACCGGCCCGACGUGUGCCCAGCUGGUGGACUUCUGCGCCCUGAACCCCUGCGCCCACGGGGUCUGCCGCAGCGUGGGCAACAGCUACCGGUGUCUGUGUGUCCCAGGCUACCAUGGCUUGUACUGUGAAGAGGAGUACAAUGAGUGUCUGUCCGCCCCCUGCCAGAACUACGCCACCUGCAGGGAUCUCAUCAAUGCCUACGAGUGUGUCUGCACUUCACAGUUUGAUGGCAGACACUGUGAAAUCUACAAGGAUCCCUGUCUGAAGAUGCGCUGCCAAAAUGGAGGCCACUGUGAGAGCGCGGGACUCAAUAAUUCCUGCGUCUGCCCACCUGGAUACCUGGGGGACAGGUGUGAGGUCGACAUCAACGAGUGUGAGAGCAACCCGUGUCACCAUGGAGGCACCUGCAUUGACCAAUCAAAUAGCUUCACCUGUCAUUGUCCACCCGGGUGGGUGGGGCCCAGCUGUGAGAUCCACCUGCAGUGGAAACCAGCACACACCGAGGACACCCUGACCAACAUGCCGCGUCACUCCCUCUAUAUCAUCAUCGGAGCGCUGUGCGUGGCCUUCGUCCUCAUGCUCAUAAUCCUCAUUGUGGGCAUCUGCCGCAUCAGCCGCAUCGAGUACCAGGGCUCGUCGCGCCACGCCUACCAGGAGUUCUACAACUGCCGCAGCAUCGACAGCGAGUUCAGCAACGCCAUCGCUUCCAUCCGCCACGCCAGAUUUGGCAAGAAGUCCCGGCCAGCCAUGUACGAUGCCACUCCCAUCGCCUACGAAGACUACAGCCCCGACGACAAGCCUUUGGUGACCCUCAUCAAGACUAAGGAUUUGUAAAAGACAACCAUCCCAACGCAUCACGA